UAACUUGAGGGAUUCCUUGUAAUUUUUUUUAGGUCCAGCAGUUUACAGUACUCGAAACAUAAAAUUACCCCAUAUCAAGAUAAUGGAAAAAAAAUCCCUGCAUAAGGGUUUUGAAUUCGUUGUAUACAGAACUGUCUAGUAGAUGUAAAAGUUGAAAACCAGCCAAAUUUUACAGCAUGCUUGGUAUCAUGUGCAGUGAACAAGGAUAUAAACUAUGUGCAUCAUUGUUUAUCUUACAGUGUAUAUGAGAAUCUAAAUCAGAACCCUGACCUCGCCUUCACAGAUGCACUGCUAUUAGCAAUAAUGAAACGUCUUAAGAAAGGAGCCUAAUAAGGAACCAUAAUGGAUGAUGAUGCAGCUCCAAGAUUGGCACCACCUCCAAAACCAACUGCCCUUGAGCUAAGUACGCACAAGCCUGUGGUACCUGAAGUGUCUUUGAUGUUUGAUAGUGAUGACAGUCUCAUUUGGCAAGCGUCAAAACGUGGUAUUCAGAAUGGAAAAGAAUCGCCAUUUGGUAAUCAUUUAAGGCAAGAUAAAGGACAGUUCAGCAAUCAAAAUAUAAGCACUAACGUAAAGAGUCCUCCCAUGUUUGAUGUGGUAGAUGCCCGGAGAAAAAAUAACAAUACCAACUCCUCCCCAAAGAAUUUACAGAUUAAAAGUGUUCAUUUUGAAUCCUCUUCUACAUAUGCACAGAGUAAUGUAAUGGCCAAUGUUGCUAGUGAGAGGAUGCUUAAAAAUUCACAGGCAUACCACCCAAAAUGUGUUUCAACUCCACCUCAUAACAGUCUAUCUAUUACAUCAUCUGUAAAUGAAAAGCCAUAUAAUCCCAAGGUGUACAGUCCUGCACAGAAAAUUCCAACAAAUAUAGUUUUAUAUGAUUUAGGGUCUCAUGUUUUAAAACAAAAAGACUCUCCAUUAACUGGAAAUUCAACUUCUGUUGAACAAAUCCACACUGCUUCAGUUGCAGACACUUUGAGACCUUCACAGCCACAGUUGGAUCAGAAUGUUAACCAAUACAUUUUCAGAAGUGGAUCUGUAAUUCCACCUUUAAUAACUAAUGUACCUGUUCAAGAAAAAUUUUCAUAUCCUGUAAUAACAGAAUUAAGUAUGACUAAAAAAAACUCCAAUGUACUUCAGAACACUAACAACAGAGAAAAUAUUAAUCCCUCACAUGCAGCUGUUUAUCAGUCAAGAUUGUCUACUAACAGUCAAGGCCAGGCUCAAGAAAAGAUGAGGAAUGUUCAUCAGGAUCACUUUUCACAGAUUUCCACUUCUCUUCCUUUACAAACUGCUCAAACUAAUCAUGUUUUCCAAGACAAAAGGUACAGUGUUCCUAUUAAUGAAGGAUGGGCCCAUGCAGGCUCGCCAAACUGCUCUCCUCAUUCUGUUGGUCACAUGUUUUACAGUCCUACAGAUCCAAUGGUGUAUCGUCUAAUAGAAGACCAAAGCCAACAGAUUUUGAAGUUGACUAAAGCUUUAGAGAAUGUCAUGGAAAAGCAGCAUGGGAUUGAAUCACUCAGAGAUGCAAGGACAAAUGAAGUGCCAAAUAAUAAAGGAUUAUAUGUUAAUAAAACUAAUUCCACUCAAGAAAGCUCUCAUAAAGAAAUUUCUACACAAACAUCAGCCAGUGUCAUACUAGAAACAAGAUCUGUAGGAGUGAACACAGAUUUAUCUUGGUCAGAGCUGGUCGAUUCCAUUAGAAAUAGUGAUGCGUGUGUUUCCCCUAGUGAGACUGGUCCAGAUUAUUCCAGGAGACCCAAAUGUAGUAAAGCAGUACAGUCAAACAAUGCAUCUAGGAAUAGGUCUAAAGAGAACAGGGAUGCAAGUAAACACCAAAGCAGACAGAAAAUCAAUUCAGCUGGAAUAAAUUCAGUUUUGCUCAACAAUGGCUCAGAGUCAUCGGAGCCAGGGGAUGAUUCAUCAGAUGACGGUGACCCAAGCUCUCGCCAGGCCGUUCCUGUCAAUGUGUCUAAGUACCACACCAGGAGUGUUUCAGAAGAAAAUGAUUAUCUCAGAAAUGGUAAAAGAAGUGUUGAAUGUGUAGAUUCCCUUGCCUUGGGAGAAAGUGCCAGCUCUUACAAUAAACUCCAGGGUCAAGAUCAGUCUCCCGGCCCUCUUUACUGCCCACAAACUGCCACUUUCUACAACAAUGUUAUGACAAAUAUCAAACAAAUUCUUCAGAGUUCCAAAAGAACGGAAGAAGAAGAAAUGGAGCAGGAAUGGACUAAUGAUGAUGUCGUUCAAACCAGUGUGCCUUUAGAAGCCAAUGGUGGCACUGUUGAAAUGCUGCCAGAUGCUCAGAUUGAGGCUGUGAGAAAGCAGCUUAUGCAGUUUGGCAUCAGCUUCAUCGACCCUGUAUCUCUCACUUCUAAUCAUAGAACCAUAAUGGACACCAUGUAUCUUCCUGGGCUACACAAUAUGUUGUCCGUGUAUCAGAGUACGAUGAGUACUCACUAUCAAACUCCUUACCAUGAAACUGAUGCUACAGCCGCCAAGUACCUUACAGACUCACAGUUAGCAGCUAUUGCUGCAAUGUCACCUGCAAUGACAAAAAGAAACAGAGGUGAUGGGACAAGUAUGUCGGUUGACUGUCCUGUUCCACCUAGAAUUAUUGACAACCAAGAAAAAAACCAAAACCAACUUCACAAAGUCAGUAUGAACAAUGACUUUUCUAUAGCCACCAAAAAAUUUCUUGAUAGAUAUGGACUACAGGAAAACUAAUUUUGAUGUAUUGUCUAUAACCUUGCUUUAUUUAAGGACCUCUUUUUGAUGUACGUUAACGAACAAUAGCGUUCAUUUUGAUUCUUCUACCUUGAAGGCUAACAUUCAAACUUACUUUAUUUUAGCUUUUACUGUUAUUCUGCUUGAUGCAUAUUAUUUUUCAACAACUUGAAAUGUAUUGUAAGUAAUGCCAGCCAAGGAAGGUCUGCAGGUCUAUUGGGAUACAACAACAGUGUUUGUAUCCCAUCACAGUCGGGUAGGUGGUGUGGCAGAACAGCAUCUAGUAAAAGUGUUGGGAGAUAUGCUCACCCUUAUGUUUUAUACUUCCCAAGUCUGUAUAUAGAUGAUUUUAUUGCUAUUGGAAAUUGACCACUUUAAGCAGCUUGUAGAAACCUUCCUAAAAUGCCUUAUUUCCUCCCAGGAGCCCCCCUCCCCCCUCCAUCAGAAAUUUCUCCAGGAGGUUCUGUCACUACACAAAUCUUUCAUGUUCUUUAACAACAAGCCCCCAACUCCCCACUCCCUUGUCAACUGCUGCUUUAUUUAUAAAUUCCAGAUUCUGGUUAUGUUCGUUUGCUUUAUUUCACCUUUAUAUACCCUGCUCAUUAAAUGAUUCUAAAGGCAUUCUGCUGACAUGUCCAUACCACCUCAGUGUACUGUGCUUCAUCUAUUCCAUAUUUCAUGCCCUCGCUAUUUUGGCAAUUCAUCUCCUCAUAUUAGAACUUUGUAGCAGUCUGCUAUUACAUUACCUUAUCCAUCCCACAAACACCAACUGCUUCUUUGAAAAAAAAAAAAAAUUCCCCACUGUUUGUACUCUUCAGCACUACCCAAGUUUCACUUCCAUGUGUUGGAAUAUACUACUGUAUUCCAACACAUGGAAUAAUGUACAGUACUCAUGUUCUAAUAAUCCUUGAUUUAUGGUAAUUUUGCUUUUCACCUUUCCUACAACUCUGUCCACUCAUCCUCUUCAUUUCUCCAUGAAUACAUACCAUAAUUUUUAUCUAACACUUCCCCCAACUAUUUAAAACUUACAACUUCUAGUAUCUUCCCAAAUUUUUAUUCUACUGUCUAACUCAUUUUGCCAAUGUACAGAGAUCUAUGAAAUCCACACCAUUUGAUUUUCUUAUCUUGGAUUACAUAGCUACUUUUUCUACAUUCACUUUCAAACAUUCUUCUUAAUCAUCAUAUAUGUUCAUAAUAUUUUGUGGUUCCUCCUCAUUCUUGGCAAAUAACAUUGCAUCAUCUGUAUACAGUACAUACAUCUUCUGUUAAUAAACUUCUUUCCACUCCAUAAAUGAAUAAAACCUCUUGCAGUUCUUUUUAUAAAUUCAUAAAGGCAGCAUCCAAUUUUCUCCCCUUUAGUAGAAACAUUUUGGCAACAAUUCUUACAGUAAAAAUCUGAUCUGAUCUGUAUAAGCCCCCCCACACCCCCACCC